AUGAAAGAAGAAAACACAUUACAAGAUUUAAUCAAUGCAAUUCGUGAAAGUUUUAAUGCUCGUGGAACAAAAAUUCAUUCAUUUAGUGGACCAGUGAGAGAUGUCUCAUUGUCAACACCACUUAAAGAAAUGGGAAUGGAACAUUUGUUGAUGAGUAUAAUCAAUGAAACUGAAUACUCUAAGAAGAAAAAGAUGUCUCCAAAAGAAUAUAGUGAAGUUGAGAAACCAAAAGGAAGAAAAACUUCUAGAUAA